AUGGCCUCCUCACUGGCAGGACUGUCCUCUAAUCUUGCAAGCCCCCACAGUUUCAGCGAAUCACUGCUUGAUGAAGUCUUUUUCACUCCAAAGUCAUCUCAGUCAUCCCAGUCGCUUGUUUUCUGCCCCCUCUCCCUCCCCAAGCCCCCUGUCCAACUUGGCCACAUCGGACUCAUUGGCUCGUUGCUGUCAGAAACCCCCACUGCUAGGACUGUUCUCGGAGGCACAAACCGGGAAGCCUGGGUUUUCAACUCGAGAAUGACUUCCAAUUUAGCUGUGGCUGUUCCUGCAGAGGACAAAGAGAACGAGCAAACUCGUAGAUGUGAUUUCCCCGAUAUAUUUUAUAUACUCCAGGAGACAUCACAGACCACUGGAGUGCUCAGGAGUCAUUCAUCACUUGAAGACCCCUCGCUCAAUCCAAAGGACCUCUUGGUUGCAUCUACAUGCCCGUGA